AUGGCGCUGGCUCAGGAACUAUAUGACACCCCUGCCUCCAGGCUAGACUCUUUCGUGGCUCAGUGGCUGCUGCCCAACCAGGAAUGGAAGGAAAAGGUGAUGGGGGUUGUGCGAACCGUGGAGCAGUUCCUGCGGGACUUCCACUCCAGCUUCCAGUGUGAGCAGUGGCUGAACCAGGAGGUACGGGUGCUGAAGGUGGUCAAGGCGGACUCCUUUGGGAAUGGCACGGUGCUCAGGAGUGUUGCUGAGGUGGAGUUGGUGGUGUUCCUGAGCUGUUUCCAUAGCUUCCAAGAGGAAACCAAGUACCACCACGCUGUUCUGCAUCUGAUACGGAAAAGGCUGUGUCAUUGUGGGAACCUGCUGGCCCUUGGGCUAGAGGAACUGGGGGUGGCCGAGAGGAGCCCCAGCACUCUUGUCUUCACCAUCCGGACCAAGGGGAUAGCAGAGCUCAUCACCUUCACCAUUGUGCCUGCAUACAGAGCUCUGGGGCCUUUGAAUUCCUGCUCUCUACCACCACCUGAAGUCUACGUUCAUCUAAUUAAGGCCCAGGCCCAUGAUUGCCCUGGAAAUUUCUCUUCGUCCUUCAGUGAGCUACGGAGAAACUUUGUGAAAUAUCAGCCAGCUAAACUGAAAAACCUCCUGAGGCUGGUAAAACACUGGUACCGGCAGUAUGUGAAAGCCAAGUGCCCUAAGGCGAACUUGCCCCAUGUCUAUGCCCUGGAGUUACUGACCAUCUAUGCCUGGGAAGUGGGUACUAAAGAGAGUGAGAAUUUCUGUUUGGAUCAAGGCCUUACCACUGUGAUGGAACUGCUCCAGGCAUAUGAGUUUGUCUGCAUCUACUGGACCAAGUACUACACUUUCCAGAACCCAGUCAUUGAGAACUUUGUCCAAAAGCAGCUCAAGAAACAGAGACCCAUCAUCCUGGAUCCCGCUGACCCUACCUGUAAUGUGGCAGAAGGGUACAGGUGGGACAUAGUUGCUCAGAGGGCCUGCCAGUGCUUGAAACAGGACUGUUGCUACGACAACCAGGACUAUCCAGUCCCCAGCUGGAAUGUGAAGAAGGCACGGGAUAUCCAAGUGACAGUGGAGCAGUGUGGUUACUUGGAUUUGAUCUUCUGGGUAGAUCCUUAUGGGUCCAUAAAGAAGAUGAAGGAGAAAAUCCGGCAAAGCCGUGGCUACUCAGGCCUGCAGCGUCUGUCCUUCCAGGAGCCCGGCGGUGAACGGCAGCUCCUCAGCAGCCAAUGCUCCCUGGCCUAUUAUGGGGUCUUCUCCAACAUCCGCAUCUAUCUGCUGGAGACAUUCGCCCCUGAGAUCCAGGUCUUUGUGAAGAAUCCAGAUGGUGGGAGCCACGCCUAUGCCGUAGAUCCCAACAACUUCAUCCUGAGCCUGAAAUAUCAAAUUGAAGACAAGCUGGGGCUGCUCAGAAAACAGCAGCAGCUCCAGUUCAGAGGCCAAGUCCUGCAGGAUCAGUCAGAUUUUGUGAGCUAUGGCAUCCAAGACAGUGACACCCUCAUCCUCUCCCAGAAAGGAGCGAAAAAGGCUUCGCUUUCACCCAGGUAG